AUGCUAGAUAUUCCAAUUAUAAUCGGGUUUAUGCUAGGAUUGUGUCAACUAAUUCAUGAAUGUGCAAUAAAGAGAAACAAGAAAAAUGUACAAACAGCGCGAUCAAUUGCACAACCACCAAGUUCUUCACCAAAAAUCACACCUCCUCCUCCUCCUCCUCAAACGUCCGUGCCAGCAAAACCAGAUCCAUCUGCAAUGCCACAAGAUAAUGAAGAGAGUCCACCGUCACCUAUAAAAUUGGAUCGAGACGAAAAUUCUUGUGGAGGAUUUUCAUACGAAGGAAUUUGUGAUUGGUUUGAAAGAGUGAUGAAAUGUGUUAGUUUGUGGGGCAUUUUUGCAAGCCCUGUUGUUUUCAAAAUCCUCACAAAUAUUCUUGCAGUGGUUCGAAAGGGAAAUUGUGUGUUUCAAAAACGAGCCGGAUUAUGUGUCAAAGAAAAAAUGGUUUUUGAUCUCUGAUAAAAAUCCAACAUUAAAUCGCUACGAAAAACCGAAAUGUUAUGAUUAUUCUCGAGUUGUGCUCAAAAAUCGAAAAAACGAUUAUAUCAACGCGUCAUGGAUGGUUUAUUCAAAUGCAAUGAAUAUUUUGACACAAGGCCCACUUUCGAAUACAAUUCCCGAUUUUUGGGCAAUGAUUUGUCAGGAAAAAGUGGAAUAUAUUGUGAUGCUUUGCUCAUUUAUUGAAAAAAGUGUUGAACAAUGUGCACAAUAUUAUCCAUUGGAAGAAGGAGGAGUUGAGAAAUAUGAGGAAUUUGAAGUCAGAUGUGUGAAGAAUGAGAAAGAUCCGGUGAAAGGCGUGACUUGGACUGUUUUAGAAGUCACUGAUUCCGAUGGAAAAACUAAAAGAACAGUUAAUCAUAUUCAUGUUUCUUGGUGGCCUGAUAAAACUGCACCAGAAGAUGCGAAAUUGACAAUUGAACUGUAUCGUUGGUUAUCGAAACAAUCCUCUAAAUUUCCAAAAGUUUAUCAUUGUGACAGUGGAGUUGGAAGAUCUGCUUGCUUUUUGGCUGUUGAUUUGUUUCUUAGAACACCACAGAGCUGGUAUAGUAAUAAUUAUUAUGAUUCGAAUACAAAUGAGAGAAUCGAUCUUUUUGUUCGAGACUUUCGAAAUGGUGCAAUCGAUUCUCGACUUUUACAACUGUUUCUUCUUCUUUGUAUUCUUGAGUUUUGUUAUCAAGAAAAAGGUGGAAGCAAGGAAGAAUCGUUUGAAUGGCUUAGUUCGUAUGAUGGAUUUGUGAAGGAUUAUCAAAAAUAUCGCCAAAAAUUGAUUGAAGAUCCAAAUGUGAAAAUUGAAGUUCCGAAAAAGUGA